AUGCCACUCGUGAAACAAACCGACUGUUUUAUUAGGAAUAUGAAAUAUUGGAAAUUUCUUGGAAUCUAUCCACUGGAAAUCAAAUGGAAAUUCUACAAUUGGUAUUCGAAAAUCUUUGUGUUCGCAUUUAUAAUUUUGUACGAUGGACUAAGCACCUUAAAUUUUUAUUUCUUAGAAAGAAACUUGGAUCAUUUCAUCGAGGAAAUGAUAUUUUAUUUUACGGAAUUAGCGGUUAUGUCGAAGGUGCUUACAUUUAUGAUAAUGAGAGAGAAAAUUGAAGAAAUAUUGAAGACAUUAGAUAGCGAAACUUUUCAGUCCAUAAAUGAAACAGAAACGGUUUUCAUAAAAAAUGCAAUGAAAUUCAAUGUCAAAUAUUGGAAAAUUGUAGCAUUGGUCUCAUAUUUUUCCAAUUUCGUUCAUGUUUCGUCUCCAUUUAUUGCUCAUUUAUUUUUACCGGUUCCAUUGGUUUUACCAGUGUCUAGUUAUUCUUUCCUAAGUGAAAACUUUACAGAGACCUUCAUUUAUCCCGUUUAUUUCUAUCAAAGUAUUGGAAUUCACAUGAACAUGCUUUACAAUGUCAAUAUCGAUACAUUUUUCUUGGGUCUUAUGAUUUUGGUUAUAGCUCAGUUAGAAAUACUAGAGCAGAAAUUGAUGACAGUAACAAAUAAACAUGAUAGCAAUUAUUCUAUUUCUUUGAAUACUCAUUUAAAUAAAUCUAUCAUACAUUUUGAUGAAGUUGCAAAAUUUUGUGAUUUAAUCGAAAAUGUAUUCAGUAUAACAUUGUUUGUACAAUUUAGUAUGGCGUCGUGUAUAAUUUGCGUUUGUCUGUUUCGUUUCACUUUGCCUUCUCCUUUCCAGUAUUACAUGUUCCUUGCAACUUACAUGUUUGUCAUGAUGAUACAAAUAAUGGUACCAUGUUGGUUUGGAACUCGCAUUAUCACAAAGAGUCGCCUAUUAUCUGAAGCAAUUUACAUUUGCGACUGGACGCCUCGGUGUCGCCGCUUCAAGAGUAGCAUAAGAGUCUUCGUUGAAAGGGCUAAUCGUCCCCUCUCUAUUACUGGAUGGAAGAUGUUUCCACUUUCAUUAAGCACUUUCACUUCUAUCAUGAAUUCUGCGUAUUCAUUUUUCACUUUGCUACGAUAUAUGCAAACGAGAGAAUCUUAAGCGCAGAAGGCAAAUAUUUUGAAGGAAUU